UAGUGGAUAGAAAAAAAAAUAAUUUAUCAUUUUUAUGUUAUGUAGUGUUGUCAUGGUAUGAUACAUGUCACAAUGAAUGGUUAAGUAUUAUGCAUAUAAAAUAUGAUCAUAUAAUUAUGUAAUAUUUUUUAUUUUUAAUGUUAGUGCUUUGUUAUUGUCACGUUAUAUAUCGAUAUGAAAUAAUAAAUAAAGUUUCAAGUAAAUAUAAUUAAUUAUUAAUUAUAAAAUUUAUUUGAUUUAAAAUAAAAAUAUAUAAAUAUGAUUAAAUAUAAUAAAAAAAUAAAUAUUUGUUUGAAUUAUAAUAAAUAAUUUAUAAAAGUAUUAUAAUUUUUUAAAUAGAAAAAACAAGAAAAUUAAAAAUUUUGGCCCUUCCGAAAACAGGCCCACUCGGCCUGUUCCCUCCACUUUUUUCUCUUUCUUCCCGCCAGGGCCGAAAGAAUGAUUACAUUGCCAUUUGCUCUUUCUCUAAUCACUAAAAACCAAAAAAAUAUUGUAAUUAAAACAAAAAGAAUCAAUUAAAAAUAAUUAAAAGAAUCUCAAGAAUCCACUAAUCAACAGCAAUUUGAGUUGCAUUGCAUAAGGAUCAAAAGCGAUCUCUAGUUUGGGUUGAAAAGUCUUAAGCAAUGGCUGUAUCUCCUUCUUCAUCCAAGAAGAAGAAGAAGCAGAAGAGUAGCAACAGCAAAGCCAGAACCAAGACAGCUCGGACGACCGACUCAUGGUCCUCAACGCACCCACAACACAGUUCAAAGCGUCGCCGCAACAAAUCGCCUGGAGUUCGACUCGUCCAUGGCCGAAUCUAUGAUUCUGAGAAUGGCAAGACUUGUCACCAGUGUAGACAAAAAACAAUGGAUUUUGCAGCAUCAUGCAAGAGGAAGAUAGAAGUCAAGCAAUGUACCAUCCAUUUUUGUCACAAAUGCCUCUUGAACAGAUAUGGAGAGAAGGCUGAGGAGGUGGCAUUGUUAAAUGAUUGGACUUGUCCAAGAUGUAGAGGAAUUUGCAACUGUAGUUUCUGCAUGAAGAAGCGAGGUCACCAGCCUACUGGCAAUCUUGUACAUGCGGCAAAGGCAAAUGGGUUUGCCUCAGUGUCGGAUAUGUUGCAUCUUAAGAACUCCGAAAGUUCAGGUUCAAAAGAGACUACUGAUACUGCUGUCUCUUCCAAAAAGCAAAAAGUUGCAGAUAAGCAGGAAUCUGGAGUAAAAAUAGCUUCCAAGAGCCGAAAGGGAAGCAGUUUUAAAGGGCCAAAUGGUUCGACACAAGCCAAUGAUGAAAGGACUGCAACUAGAAAUACCAGGUUGACAAGGUCAAGGAACAAGAAUAGUAGUAAGGAAAUUGCAUCCGAUGGCAAUUAUGGUGAUUUCUCAACCCAAAAGAUUAGUCCUAAAAAAUAUCAAAUCUCUCGAGAGGCAUCAUACAAAGGAGAAGUGAUUUGCAAAGGGAAUGAUGCUAUCCAGCUACUUGACACGAUGCUUCAUAAAAAGUGUGACCAUGGAGAAGAUGAAGAGCUAAACAAUGCAGAUCCUGUAGCAAAGAACAAGCCAACUAGUAAGUCUCCAAAUCGUAAGAAGAAAAAUGUAAAAGUCAAAAGCAAAACUUCUGAUGCUGAAAUCCUACUGCCUCAAGGCAUAUCAUUAAACUCUAUAGCUGCUAUUGACUUACCUGUUGAGGAUAUUGGCCAUGCCUUGCAAUUUCUAGAAUUUUGCGAAGCUUUUGGAAAGGUUCUCAAUAUGAGGAAAGGACAGUCUCAACUGUUGCUUAGAGAGUUAGUUACUGGAAAAAGUAAACGUAGACAUUCCCAUUCUUCAAUUGUGCAGUUUCAUAUCCAACUGCUUUCUGUGAUGCAAAAGGAUUCAGUAAAAGAGUAUCCUUGCCUAAAUCAGAAUUUAAGUGAAAAUUCAUGGUUGCAAGUUCUUAGAGAAUACAUCAGUGAUUCUCGAUAUGCCUUAAAGCAGCAACUGUUGGAUUGUUUAGAUGUGUGUGAUGAUGGAUAUGAGCAAUUGGAUUCCUCUAAAAAACUUAGACUCUUAAACUUUCUCUGUGAUGAAGCUCUUGGCACCACAGAUUUUAGGAGCUGGAUUGACGAAGAACAUUCAAAAUUUGUUGAAAAGGAAAAGAAAGCAAAAGAAGAACUUCUUGCUCGAAGAGACAAGGAGAGAAAUCUGGAAAAAGAGAUGAAGCGAAAGCUGCAGGAUGAGAUAGCCGAAGCUAUUCUCAUGAAAAAUGGUGCUCCUCUGACCAUUUCGGAGAAUGAGGACCUCGUUUCAAAAAUAAAGUCAGAAGUGGCUCAGACUCUUGAAGUAGCCCAUACUCUUGCAAGUGCAUUGGAAAUGUCGGAAAUGGUGAUUGAGGAAGACUGGCGAUCAGAUGCCAUUCGAUCUGAGCCAAUAUUUUGGGAUGGCCAUGGUCAUAAAUUUGAAAAAUUCUGGAGAUUGAGAGGCUACUCUGGUGAAACAGAUAUUCUGCUUCAAGAUAUUGAGGGGAGAGAUUUAGUUACAGCUAAAGAAAGAUGGUACACCUACAGCACUGAACAAAAAGCAAUGGUUGAUAAAUAUAUUUCAUCUUUCAGGAUGCAAAGGAAAUGAGCAAGCGAUAUGCCUUGUAUAAUUUCAAGACAUAUUAUAGUUAGUGCAUAGUAUCAAUCUAUAGCUCCAAACUCUUCAGGAGGGCAAAUGUUUUUGUACACCAAUGUUGAGGAGGUAAUUAUGCCUUCUUUCUUCUUUUUUUUUUUUUUUUAGGAAGCUUUAGGCUCUUCUCCACUUACAUGGUGUCCUCUGAUGACCAUGUCUGUAUGGAAACUUAUUUCUUCAGUGUAUGCCACUCAAAAUACUUGUAAUAGAUUGUUAUGAUCUCCCAAUUCUUUUCCUUGUUUGGAUGUCCAAGGAAAUUGAAUAGUUACCGACUGAGCUGUAGCUACAACUCUGGAGGGCUUGAAACACCUCUUAUCUGCAAAUGGAUAAGAGAAGGAAAGGGAUAAAUCCAUAAAUAACAGUCUCUAGAUGACCACAAACAAUGGAAAAUCUUAAAAUGGAGGUAUGGGUAUGCUGAUGACUUACCCAAAAUUGCUUGUAAACGAAGAAUGCAGGUAUAAAACGAAAGCAAUGAGAUUGAGUAGAUGGUCCGGGCCAUGAAUUGUACCCAAGAGGAAAUGAGAUAUUAAUGGCUAUGGAAAACAUGCUGUGGCAGCAAAGAAGAUGCCGAUUUGCUCAAGAACUUUUCCAACCAGAAGUGAAGAGAAGGCAAGGCAAGUAGGAUGGCAAUGGAAAACAAGUAAAAUGCAGGAAGGAUGGAGCCGCUGCCAGACAAAAGCCAGCCAUUAAUAUUUUUAUUAACCGAUCAUUGGCUCGAAUAAUCGAGCGAUUGAGCACUGCUCCGAUGGCCUGACACCUUAAACGGUUUAUUGCCUGAUUUUGAUAAAUUAUACAAAUAUUUCUAUUCAUUAUAAAAAUCGAUUUUUCUUAUAAA